GACUACGUAAACUACGGCAAUUUUAUCGCGUUUAAUUGAAAAAUGUUAACAAUCGUUGUACCUUUAUUCGAUUGCGGUGACGAUGUCCAACAUCAGAUACGUUUCGCUGCUCGUCCUUACGACGAUUUUCGGUAUUUUGUGCUACGGAAUUGUCAAAUUGGUAUCACCGCCGCAGUUGCCGAAAAUUGAGGAAAAUUCGUGGUGGGGACCCGGAAAAGCGGUCGAGGAAAGCGAUGCGGUUAGGCGAUUUACAAUCAAGAUUCCGAAAAAGGACAUAAUCGACCUGCAAUGGCGCUUGGAAAACCACAGACCUUUAACGCCCCCACUCGAAAAUGUCCAUCACCAAUACGGCAUCAACACGAACCUAGUAAACGAACUCGUAAGAUACUGGCGCACCAAAUACAACUGGACGGAACGGGAGGCAUUCCUAAACAGAUAUCCGCAAUACAAAACCAAAAUCCAUGGACUGGACGUUCACUUUAUCCACGUGAAACGCGACAACGCUGGAAACAAAACGGUGUUGCCGUUGCUUCUGUUACACGGCUGGCCUGGAUCCGUCAGGGAAUUUUACGAGGCAUUCCCUCUGCUGACCGAAGCCACUAACAGGAGUUUUGUGCUGGAAGUGGUGGCUCCGCAUAUACCUGGAUAUGGCUUCUCCCAAGCAGCGUCGAAACCUGGACUAGGUGUGCCGCAGGUGGCGGUUAUAUUGAGGAAAUUGAUGCACAGGUUAGGCCACAAAAAGUUUUACUGUCAAGGUGGUGAUAUGGGAGGAAUUAUUCUGCAGACGUUAUCGGUGCUGUAUCCGGACAGUGUAUUAGGAUUUCACAGCAACAUGGUACUGAUUUACACGGUCAAAGGGCACCUUUAUCCGUUUCUGAGCGCGAUCAAUCCUUCGUGGGUGGUCAAGGAGCAUCAUUACGAUCGAGUGUAUCCUCUUAUCGACAAGGCUCUUUUCAUUCUCCAAGAAUCUGCUUAUCUUCACCUACAAGCUACCAAACCGGAUAGUUUAGGGGUGGCGAUGACCGAUUCCCCGGUGGGUUUGGCCGCCUACAUAUUAGAAAAGUUCGUUACCGGUUCCAACUUCACUUGGAUACACCACGGAGGAAAUUUACUAGAAAAGUUCUCGUUCGACGAGCUGAUAGACAACAUCAUGAUUUACUGGUUGACGAGUACGGCUACUUCCUCAUUCCGUUUGUAUGCCGAGAGUUUUACGAAGAUGGCGUUCUACAAUAUUUUAAGGAAUCCCGUCAAAGUUCCGUCAUCAAUCGCGAGAUACAGGUACGACCUUUACAGUCCCGACGGCAUACUCAGCGAAAUUUACCCCAAUUUGGUACAGUUGACGGAUCACGACGGCGGCCAUUUUGCUGCGUUCGAAAACCCGUCGGUUUUUUCUAACGACGUGCUGAGCGCGAUCGAAAAGUUUGAAACAUUUCACAAUUGUAAAUAAAAUGUUUAAAGAUCUGACUUAACAUAUCCAUAUGCAUAAUCGAGAAGAGAGAAAAUUGUAUUUAUAUUUUUAAUUUUAUUGAAUUAUUUUCAAAAGUAAAUAUUAACAAUUAGCAGUAAAUAAGGUCACUGAUGAACUAUACAUCGAACUAACAAAUAAAC